CGCUAAUAAAAAUCCUUCACCUUUCCAGUAUACAAGCAACAGAAGAGGCAAAGAAGAUGAAGUUGGAUGUUAACGUUUUGAGAUACCUUUCCAAAGAUGAUUUCCGGGUCCUCACUGCCGUUGAGAUGGGCAUGCGCAAUCAUGAAAUUGUGCCUUCUGAGCUCAUUGACCGUAUUGCUUCCCUCAAGCAUGGGGGCUCAUAUAAAGUGUUGAAGAAUUUGCUAAAGCACAAAUUAGUCCAUCAUGAUGCUUCUAAAUAUGAUGGAUUUCGACUCACCUACCUUGGUUACGAUUUUCUUGCAAUAAAAACCAUGGUUAAUCGUGGUGUAUUUAGUGGAGUGGGUCGUCAACUUGGCACUGGGAAAGAGUCUGAUAUUUUUGAGGUCGUAAAGGAAGAUGGCACAGUUCUUGCGAUGAAGUUACACAGGCUCGGUAGGGUUUCAUUUAGGGCAGUCAAAGCAAAACGUGACUAUUUGAGGCAUCGUAGUAGUUAUAAUUGGCUCUACUUAUCGCGGCUUGCUGCCUUGAAAGAGUUUGCAUUUAUGAAGGCACUAGAAGAACAUGGAUUCCCUGUUCCAAAUGCUGUCGAUUGCAAUCGACAUUGUUUGAUUAUGUCACUUGUACCAGGCUAUCCACUUGUGCAGGUUAAGGAGCUGCAAAACCCAGAUGUGGUUUUUGAAACAAUCAUUGGUGCUGUUGUUCGUCUGGCAGAACACGGGCUUAUUCACUGCGAUUUUAAUGAAUUUAACAUAAUGAUUGAUGAUGAUGAAAAGGUCACCAUGAUUGAUUUCCCGCAAAUGGUGUCAGUCUCUCAUCCUAAUGCCCAAAUGUAUUUUGACCGUGAUGUGGAGUGCAUCUACAAGUUCUUUGAAAAGCGGUUCAAUAUGUUAUUUGAAGAAAAUGAAAAUGAUUCUGAUGGUUCAGAGGCUGAAAUGGAUGAAGUUGGACGGCCCCAGUUCUCUGAAAUAAACAAAAAUAGCGGUUUCUUGGACAAAGAACUUGCUGCCAGUGGUUUUACAAGAAAGGAUCAAAAUGAGUUGGAAAAGUUAACUGAGGCAGAGCUUGACAUGUAUUCAGAUUCUGAUGAUGAAGGAACUGGUGAUGAUGAAGAUGAAGACAUGAACGAGACAAACAUCAAGCAGCUUGAAUCCCUGCAGUUGGAGAAGGAGGAUAACAAUCAUCAAGUUGAGGAUGAGCAUGAUGAUAAUCAUCAAGUUGGGGAUGAGCAUGAUCCUGAGGAUGAUGGAGAGGCCGAGUCUGAAGAUGAUGCCGAACUUGUGAAGAGCCUGAGCAAGCAGAGGAGGAAGGCCAUUCAAGCUGCCCAUCGGGGGAAGAGGAACUUUGCCUCCAGGAAUACAUACAAGGACAAAGGUGGGAAAUCUUCACUGAGUUCAAAGGUCCAUAAGCAAUUGGGUGGCUGGUAAAGUACUGGAACCCCUGGAGGAGUCACACACUGGUAAAGAAUAUGGAAACUUUUCAUUGCAAGAUGGUUGUCUGCUAUUCAGUAUCUUUUGAAGGCCAAUUUACGAAGUAUAUGAUACCUCUUAUUUCUUUGGUGCUAAGGUGUUGAAGGAAUAGCCUGUAGAGGAGCUAUCACUAAGGUACUUAAUAAUACAGUUUUGACUUGGAUAUGCAUGUCCUAAAUGUCUGUCUUGUAUAUUUAAAAUUUUGGUAGCAUGUUUGGCAGAACAUUAAAGGCUUAAGAUUCUUUUAUUGUAGGUUUGUAGAAACAGUUUGUAGGUUUGAAGAACUUCGUGGACAUUCUAUUAUUGGUCAUAGUUAUGCUAUUUGAUAUUUGAAUGGAGGGAAAUAUACUUGUGCUACUUGGAAUAGUUGGGUGGCAACUAGCACUAGUUUAGUAGCGCAACAGCUGAGUAAAAGCUCCAUGAUCACAGUAUGGUCUGCUGGAGACAGAUGAAAUCCCCUUCCAAAAGUUGAAUUUCAAGGCUAAGAAUCAUGUUUUAAUGUUUUUGAGCGACAAAGAGCUGAGGGUUUUUCUUCUUCUAAAUAAAGCCAUGAAUGGACCUCAUUCCCGUUGUUGACUGUUUGGGUUAAAUUUUAUUUGAGGUUCAAUUUUCAGUUGGUCAUCUCUUCAUUCACAAAAUUACUCUAACUUCUUCACUGUAAAAAGAUUACUUUAAAUUCUCGUGAAGAUGUUCUACGUAAACAGCCUCUCUACCUUCAAGAGCCUCUCUACCUUCAAGGUAGGGGUUUGUUGUUCUUCUCGUGAAGAUGUUCUUGUCGGGAAAGACAUGUUGUUAAGUUACUUAGUAUUACCCAUGGUAAAUGUUACAGCAGGGCUACUGCCGUUCAGGAUAAGGGAAGCGGUCAUAUGCUUAGCUUGCUAAGAGGGAUUCUUACCUUGGCUUGUAACGACAGUAUAUGAUUUUCAUCCUCUAAAACUUUUGUAUGCUUGUGGCGACACGACUCUCGUGUGUCUUAAUUGUGUUUUACGUCAUUCUCCUAUCUCAAAUUGGUGAAAGUAGUUGAAAAGCUAUCCUGUAGGAUCCUUAGUUCUAAUUCCAGGCGACCAGCUUGCAUUAUUACUAUGCACAGGUUGCUGAUAUGAUGUUUUUCUUUUGAUUGUUUGGAGCUCUGAUAACACUAUAAGAUGUUAUAAUGAUGUUGUACGAUUUGAUAAAUAACCUCCCUUA